AUGAAUACCACACACUUUGCAUUUUCAUUUCAGCCUGUGCUUAAUGUCACCGAAGACUUCAAUGACUCAAUUCUGAACAACAGAAGUGGUGAUGGAUUUUGUGAGCAGGUCUUCAUAAAAGCUGAGGUCUUCUUGACUUUAGGGAUCAUCAGCCUCCUGGAAAACAUCCUUGUCAUUCUUGCAGUGCUGAAGAAUGGAAACCUACAUUCUCCCAUGUAUUUCUUCCUCUGUAGCUUGGCUGUGGCAGAUAUGCUAGUGAGCAUGUCAAAUGCCUUGGAGACUAUCAUGAUUGCAAUCCUGAGCAACGGCUAUUUGAUCAUUGAUGACCACUUUAUCCAGCAUAUGGACAAUGUUUUUGACUCAAUGAUUUGUAUUUCUUUGGUAGCCUCAAUUUGCAACCUCUUGGUUAUAGCCAUUGACAGGUACAUAACUAUUUUCUAUGCUCUCCGUUACCACAGUAUCAUGACUGUGAAGAAAGCUUUAACCCUGAUUGUGGUCAUUUGGAUUGCUUGUAUCAUCUGUGGCAUCAUAUUCAUUGCCUACUCAGAAAGCAAAACUGUCAUUGUCUGUCUCAUCACCAUGUUCUUUACCAUGCUCUUUCUCAUGGCCUCCCUUUACGUUCACAUGUUCUUGUUUGCACGCCUGCAUGUUAAGCGGAUUGCAGCCCUCCCCGUGGAUGGGGUGCCCUACCAGCGUACCUGCAUGAAGGGCGCUGUCACCAUCACUAUAUUACUUGGUGUCUUCAUUGUUUGCUGGGCACCUUUCUUCCUUCACCUCAUUCUCAUCAUUUCUUGCCCAAUGAAUCCUUACUGCAUCUGUUACACUUCACACUUCAAUACCUAUCUGGUCUUGAUAAUGUGCAACUCAGUAAUUGAUCCACUCAUUUAUGCUUUCCGGAGCCUGGAGAUGAGAAAGACUUUCAAAGAAAUAGUGUGUUGCUGUUAUGGCAUGAGUGUGGGACAGUGCAUGCUGUAA